AUAGCUGCUCUUCUUUAAAUGACUGCACUGAUCAGCUGGUUCCGCCGCUAGAGUCUGUAGUUGAGUUGUCUGUACAUCCCUCAGCAUCCUUUCACCUUACUCUCUUCCAGCGGUCACUGCAUAUAAAAAGCUAUAUUUCUGUAUGAUUUCAGGAUAUCAUUUUUGCAUACUGUAACGGCACAACCCACAUUUAUUCAGCAAGAUCAGGUUGAUAGUGUGUGGUCCUCAUUUGGCUCUGGGUUCCCAUGGGCAGUGUGCUGGCCUUGUCAAACCGGCCAGGGCGCCAAAACUCACCCUUUCCACAAGAUAGACCCUUGUCACGGUGGGAUAGGAGAGAUGGACGGCUGCCUAACCCGGGAAGCUUUGAUGGUCUACACCGCAACUGUAAAGAUGUAUUUCCACAGCAGAUUGAAGGUGUAAAACUGGUGAUAAAUAAGACCCUCAGCAGUUUUUUCAAGGUCAGUCACACGUUUCACCUCAGUGCUGUUGCUCCGUCCAGUUAUCGCUUUCACGCUGAGCACCUACAAUCAGACACUGACAGUAAAGAAACGGACUCACCUAUGCUUAUUGGGGAAAUGGACUCCUCUGGCAGCUUAAAUGCACACUCUUUGUUUCAUCUGAGUGAGAAAAUAAGAGCUAAAGCAGUAUUUCAGACUCAACAGGCACAGUUUGUCACAUGGCAGUUUGAGACGGAGUAUAGAGGCAGUGACUUCACAGCAGCGAUUACUUUGGCCAACCCUGACAUUCUCAGGGAAUCAGUUAUCAUGGUUGCACACUUUCUUCAAAGCGUAUCCCCGCAGCUGGUACUGGGGGGAGAGCUGGUGUACCAUCGAGGUCGAUCAGAAGAAGGGGGCAUACUUACCCUGGCAGGCCAGUACUCAGGGCCAAAUUGGGUUGCAACUCUGAAUGCUGGUAAAGGAGGUGCACAUGCUAGCUACUACCACAGGGCCAACAAACAGAUUCAGGUGGGAGUGGAGUUUGAGGCGAGUACUAGGACCCAAGAGACAACCUUCUCUUUUGGUUACCAGAUGGAACUUCCUGAAGCUAAAAUGGUCUUCAGAGGAAUGUUGGACAGCCGCUGUAUCAUUGGUGGGGUUCUGGAAAAGCGGCUCUACCCUCUGCCUGCCACCUUGAUCAUGGGUGCCUUUGUCAACCACAGAGCGGACAAGUUGCAGGGGACAGACUCUGGGAUAAAGGCUAGUAUGACAAUGGAAGGACAGUGACAGCGUGAGCUGUAUAAGGAUGCAUUCUGAUAUGAUAAAAAUCAGACUGGAGUCAGAGCUGUGGAGUGGUAUUGCAUUGACUUAUGAAGCAUAACAGCCAUUGGCUUACAGGUAUGCAGGUGUGAAUACAGCCUGCUUCAUAUUGACCAUAUACACGUUGUGCCAAGAGUGUCAACCGCAUGUUAAUGCGAGAGUAUAUCCCUUAAAUUAAUGUGACUUAAGACCCAUUCACAUGGAGGACGAUAACUAACCAUAAAGUUUUAAUAUUUCUUCUAAUUCUAUGAGAAUAGAGAUAUUCCACACCACUGCUAUAACAAAAAUGACAAAGUGCGGUGAUAUCAUUGGAAUCACUUUCAGAAGGAUUUUUCCUGCUGAUCAACCAUAAAAAAAACAUUUGUGAAACAUGUUAAAAAAUUGUUUAACUUUAAAGAGCUUGAUCAUUUAAAGAGACAGAUGACAACUGCAGCUUGUGCUUGUAAUAAACAGAAUAUUAUAGUCUGAGUGUAUACAAUUAUUUAGCUAUAAUUAGUUAUCAUACCUGGUGUGAAAAGGCAUUUACUUCCAAAAUUGUGAUGAUUGACAGUUUUGAAGGUGCAGUAAGCAAUUUCUGAGAAACGCUGUUGAAAGUUGAUCGGACCGAGCUCCAAAACACACUUGUAGCCAAUCAGUUUACACUCAUUAGGGGGAGGUGCCUGUGUUGCAUAGCGUGUUCGUAAAUUUGGGGGUGAAGCUAUCAAGAUACGGGUUUGAUCCUUUUUAGGUAGGGGUGGGUUUGUUGUGGUGAUUUCAAAUGUCAACAGAGUUUCUCAGUAAUCGCUCACUGCACCUUUAACCAUAGCAAUGUUUUUGCAUCUUGCAGCCAUUUGUUAUUCGCUUUUUUUAAAGGUGCUCUAUGUAAUAUUGAUACCUAGUGGUUGAAACGGGUACUGUAGUCUAAAUUUAAGAUAUUUAAUAAUAUUUUGAUAUUGGAGAGAGUUGUUUGCCCGGCCCCCUCCUCCUCAGACUCAAUGCUCGUUCAGGUUGCCAGAUUGAGGACACGCAACAGGAGCAAGGGCAAUUGACAGUGGAAGGCGAGGGGACUUAUUACUGUAAGUUGAUGAGUUGAUUUGUCUGGAUUUUAAUAUGCCUCGGUUCAUAGAAAUUUUUUGUUGGAUGCUGAGACAUUUUUUGUCAGGUAGAAUCUGCAAUCUCUGACCCAGUUCAUUUGCUGGCAUCAUUUGCUGGCUGCAAUGCGUUGUGUUUUUUGCCAACUGGAGUCAAAUUAGUAUUUGGUAAAUUGGCAGUGGGUGGAAUCACAGAGACCAAAACAAAAGCAGACACUGAUUUUAGCAUUCGGCAUGAACUUAGCAUGUUUCCUAAAUAUCUGCAAACAUAUUAUGGUAUGUUUAUGCUUUAGUACAGUCAAAAAAUAAGCCUACAUACAGCACCUUUAACCAUAGUGAUAUAAACUACCAAAGGCUUGUUAUGGUGUGUUCAAGUCCUCCUGGGAAGUUCGUAUUUACGAGUUGAUAAGUCGGGUUUACGAUGUCAGGUGAAACACUACUUCUAGAAAAUAGCAAAUACUUUCAGGUUGUUUCGCUUUUUAACGUUUUUUUUCUUUUUUUAAUAAUUGAUGAAGCCACUGUAAACUUUAUCAUUACACAUUAUAUGGUCAUAUUACAAUGCUAUCAUAUUUUGUGCAGGAAAUUCGCUUAUUUUGUUGUAAGUACAAAAGCUUGACAAUAUAACUGCUAAAUACCUCUUAAUAUCUUUGUAUUCCGACAUGUUUGACUCAUAAAGAGCGGGGUUAAAAGAAAAUCCCAAGCUUCCCAGUAUUUAUAACUUGCGUUCAUGAUGGUGUUCUUGUGCGUUCAACUUGUGAAUACCACAAUCUUUCCGAAAUGACUUGAAUGCACCAUUAUAUCUGGCAAUUUUAAAUAAAUCCCCUUAGACAAUAUGGCACUGUUUUGUUUAUGGUCAGGAGGCUGCUUUGCUGUGUUUUCUUGCAGCCUUGUCAUCUCGACUUAUAAGCGUCUUUGGGCUUGUUAUUUGGGCUUGCCUCAUAAAAUGAGACACUUUAUGGCAUUAAUAAUGUAAACAUAGUUAAUAAACGCAGUUGCCGGUUCC